GCAGCGUGUUGCAGAUUUUUCCCAGUCGGACCGGAUUAGGUUCUCUGAGGCGGGGGGAGAUGUGCCUCCAACAGAAAAUCAACUGACGUGACUUGUAAGCACGCGUAGCUGUGGAAUACGGCGAAAAAUACGUCCAAGAGGGUGAAAACCGACGAUGCCUCGUUGCUGCAAGGGGCUCAGGCGAACCUAUUUGGUUUGUCCAAUCCUGCUGCUACUCCUGGUUGGUGCUGCCUUAACUACCCUGUUGCCCCCUGCUGAGAACCAAGGAGGCCUUGGUGUCCUGGAAGUCCCACGCCGGUCAGAACCGCAAAAGGAGAAUCCUGCACAGGGACUACACGGUGACAGCACAGAGGAGGAGCAGAGGUUUACCAUAAUCAUCCAAAGUUACAACCGCACAGACAUUUUGCUCAAACUCCUAAACCAUUACCAGGCAGUGCCUCAUCUUCGGCAGAUUAUCAUUGUCUGGAAUAACAUUGGGGAGCAGACACCCCUCAAGUUAUGGAACUCUUUGGGACCUCAUCCAGUUCCUGUGGUCUUCAAGGAGCAGACCAGCAAUAGAAUGCGCAACAGGCUGCAACUAUUCCCUGAGAUUGAUACUGACGCUGUGCUGAUGCUGGAUGAUGAUACCCUGCUCAGCGUUCCUGACAUCAGUUUUGCUUUCUCUGUCUGGAAGCAAUUUCCUGACCAGAUUGUUGGGUUUGUCCCACGGAAACAUGUCGCAGCACCAGGAGGAGUGUACAGUUAUGGUAGUUUUGAACUGCAGGACCCAGAAACAGCUGGAGGCGACAAAUACUCCAUGGUGUUAAUUGGCGCUGCCUUCUUCCACUGCCGAUACCUGCAGCUCUUCCAGGACCAACCUCAAGUAGUGCACGCGCUGGUGGAUGAAACGCAGAACUGUGAUGACAUUGCCAUGAACUUUGCUGUAGCGCUGUAUUUAAGGAAGCACUCAAAGUCUAUAGGCGGCAUUAACAAACCCUCUGGGGUCUUUGUCAAACCCGUGGAUCUCCGCAACCUGGAAAAGGAUGCCAGAAGUGGGUACCAGGGCAUGUGGCAUCGUCCUGAGCACCUUCUUCAGAGAUCCUACUGUCUGAACAGGCUAACACAGAUCUAUGGCUUUAUGCCACUCUGCUUCUCCAACCUGAUGGUGUCCCAGUUUGGUUUCCCCAGCUAUGCCAACCACAAGAGUAGAGGCUGAGGACCUGCCACAUGGCUGACUGUUUUGGACGGAAAGAAGACAGACUCAAGAAGCAGUCUGCAGAAUCAUGGACUUUCAUCCUUUGGACAACAGCAAGGAUUGAUAAAGGAUUUUCUACACAUGGACCAGUCUGAUGAUAUGUCAAUAAUAAUAAUAUUAACAAUAAUAAUUAUUAUUAUAAUAAUGUGUAUUGUAGCCAAAGCUGCCUUUACCCCAGCAGUGGAUUGUAGUGCAGUUAUUUUAUAGCCAGCAGGUGUCAGUCUUAGAUCUGCUUUGACAUUUUGCUUUGUUUGUAACCAUGAUUUACAGCACUAAUGUUGUCCCAUUCAAUUUUUCAUUUGCCAUAUUUAUAAUUGUAUAUGG